AUGGUCAUCAUCUCUACCUGGAAGAAGCGUGUUCCGAUCGCAGCUUCUCUUCUUCGAACCUGCCGUUUCAUUCAUGCCGAGGCGCGUGGAAUCCUCUACUCCCAGCCUAUCCUCAUUGGUGGCCAGGCUGAUCCAAUCGUUUGGCUACGUGGCAUAGGACAGGCAAACCGGUUCUAUCUGCGUAACGUGCAUCUCGGAUCGACAAAGGGCUUCGAACUCCCCCGCAAGGACUGCCAGUCCGUCACUCGGAGGGUGGCCAAGCUCUUGUCCGACGCACCCAACCUCAAGUCUCUGAAUAUCCGGGCUAUGCGCAUCCCCAACAUUGACUGGAAUCUCCACAGGAAUCUGAGUGGCCAAAUGCAACAGAAGCCAUGGUUCAUCGCAGCGCAGCACAUUGCUAAACUGAUAUACGACGAAUUCCGUCCGGUAUUUUCAGUGGCGCUAUCCCGCGGCCAGACUCCGCAACAGCUUUGCACCCUUGUCAAGGCCCAUAGGAACCUCUUCUCCGGACGGUCAGACCAGGGAAUUGUCUUCGCUGCGGAUGUGCUCGCUCUACGCCUGAACACACGGGAUAUUGCUGGGGCAGAAGCAGAGCUGGCUGGUCAUUUAAAGUUUCUACUUGAGAGAAACCUACGCUACCGUCGUUACCCUCGUUCUAAGUAG